GCACUACAACCAAAGCGUAACAGGGAUCUCAAGAAAUCCCCGAUGCACACCUUAAGGCCAGCUAACAGCUAACAAUUUAAUCUGACGACCUCGGGGGCAACUAAAGUUCAACGUCCUAUUUGUACUGUUUCUCUUCUCAAAAUCCUCUUCUAUUUUCGGCGGACCAUCCUCUUCUUCUUCAUUUACUUUACUUUACCAGUCUUUCUUUCCUAGUUUCACACUUCUUCGAUUGCCGCCGAAUUGAUCUUUCCUUGAUUGGGGAGGUACAGACAUUGGCCGAAGAAUACCGUGGAUAGGGAUAGGUUCAAUAGGAAUAAUGUGGUUCCCUAAAUCAUUGUCGGCGCUAUGGCUGGCAUCUUGUGUUAUGGCAGCUGGAGAUACGCUCACCACGAAAUUGAGCGAGGAUGGGAUUAGAAGUAUACCGGUUUGUUUUACUCUAUAGCUGGAUUAGUAUUCACAAGAUGUUGGCUGACCUGUUGGAGUAGCUCCGAACACAUUCACUGAAUCAGGUCAGUAGUUUAAUACGAUGCGCAUUACAUGGUUGGUGAAUUCUGCUGAUCUGGAAUUGGAUAGCCAUAUUUGGAUUCGGAUAUGCAAAGUAGAUGGUUUGAUUUUGGAGGAAAUACUAUUGUGAGAGCAGACAAGUAUGGAUGCGCACCAAUGCCCUGACUGAUUGGUUAGGAUAGAUGUGCUAAUUCUGAGGUGAUAGAUAUAUACGGUUGACAUAUGAUCAUCCAUCUUCUUCAGGAUGGCUCUUCUCGCGAGUUCCAUUGACGGCCACAAACUGGGAGGUAUGAUUAAACGUCCCUACCUUCUUUGAAUCCAAUCUGACCACACUUCUUCCACAGAUUGAAGUCGAAUUCAAGGUACACGGCCAGGGCAAUCUCCAUGGUGAUGGUUGGGCCAUGUGGCUCACCAAACAGCGCGCCACUGAAGGCAACGUCUUCGGCUCCGUCGAUAAAUUCGAAGGUCUCGGUAUCUUUUUCGACACAUAUAAGAACAACCGUCCCGGUACCGUGUUCCCCUAUGUAAUGGCAAUGGUCGGCGAUGGAAGCACUUCUUAUGACAAGAACAACGACGGCAAAGAUCAGGAAUUCAUGGGCUGUUCUGCACGAGGUCUACGCAACGCAAACGUACCAACCAAAGCCAGACUCACCUAUUUUCAAGACAAAUCCCUCAAACUCGAACUUCAAUACAAGAAAGAAGACCAGUGGGAACUCUGUUUUGAAACCUUCGAACCACCCACCAUUCCCUCGGUAGCAUAUCUCGGAUUUUCAGCAGAAACAGGAGAAUUGAGCGAUAACCAUGAUAUCAUCAGCGUAAACACAAACAACUUGUAUGACACCAAUACACACAAGAACAAAUACAAAGAUUCGCAGCCUACAUCCGAGAAUGGAAAGAGUAGAUCUCAAAAGGGCCAGGGAGUGUUUAACGGAAAGCAAAAGCAAAAGGGAAGCUGGAGUUGGUUCUUCGUUAAGUGUUUUGCGGGAUUGGCGAUUCUUGGUGGUGGAUACGUCGGAUACACGACUUGGAAGACUCAGCAGAGGAGAAGUCAUCGAUUUUAAAUGAUUAGGUGACGACUUGAGUGUUCAAUUCCAGAUAGAUUUGAAUAUUCAAGGUGGAAAUUGAGCGAAAUGGACAUAGGAAAUUAAGGAAUCGAGAAGCGAUGAAUGAGGAAUUCAAAUCCGAGAUUCGGAGGGAGAUGAAGAUGAUGAACAUCGACUUUUUACUUAUUUUCUGUCGAUGAAUGGAUGAGAGGAAACUGGAAAAUGAGUCGAUGGAAACCUGAAGAUGGAAGAGGAUUUCAGACAGUGUGUGUAGUAUACCAAGGAAAGAAAGACAAAAAAUCAACAUUCGAUAAGAGUAAUUCCGAAGGAAAGGAAUCAUAGUCCUGUCCUAUUUUCUAGGAUAUAUU